GAGUUUGGAGAGGAGAGGAAGGGGGAAGAGAUACAACUCCACCAGGCUUUCCCCGCCACCACCACCACUACCACCACCACCACCUCCUCCCCCUUCAGGAAUUCCAUCGGGCCUAUUGUUACUCAUGAGACGCGAGCAGGACCCUACCAGCCCCUCAGUGGACCUCAGGAAGUGGAGCAGCACCCCAGGGGGACCUCAGAUGACCUCCAAACAUACCAGGUCCCACAGACGAGACCCAUCGCCUCCAGGUCACACUCUGUACCAAGGGCCUCAGAUCAUAUAGUGCGCAGGGUCGAGGUCACAGGCCCACUGGUGACCUCUCCUGCCCCUGUGUCUAUUAUUGGGGGCAGUGUGACCUCAUCAUCAUCUUCUUCAUCAUCAAGCAGAUUUUUUAGUCGAUCUGGUUUCUUCCGGCCCUCCUCUCCUCCUGCAGGUGGGAAGAGAGACACAACCUCUUCCUCCUCCUUCUCCUCCUCUGAGCGGGGAAGAGAGAGGGCCAAAAAGACCUCCUCCUCCUCUUCCUCUUCCUCCUCCUCCUCUAGGCAGUUUCUGAAGAGGCUGUUGAGGCUGGGAGGAGGGAAGGAGGAGGACAAGGGGAAGGAGGUGAAGAAGGAGGCAAUGAAGAAGGGAAGACCCACAAUCAUUCAUCCACUAGACUACAAUGGACAGGGUGUGGAGGUCAUUGCUCGGCCGGAGAAGACGAUGCCCCUCUAUGACUACAGUGGCAUUUAUGGGUACGUGCCGCCCCCCCAGGCUGCCCCCCGCUGCCCCCCCGAGGAGACCUACGCCAUCCCCGCCCAGGCUAGAGCAUCCCCCGUCCCCUCCUCCUCCUCCCUCUCUGCCACCUCCUCCAUCUCCUCCGACCCUCCCAUCUCAGCCCGGGGGGAGGGAGGGGGGGUGGUGUAUGACCCUGCCCCCCUCCCUGUCUCCACCACCACCACUACCACCACCACCACCACCACCACCACGUCCCUAGAGAAGAGGAAUUCUAGUGUAAGAAAGCAGGAAUCCACAUCAGGAGGAGCAGAGGUGGAGAGGCGGGAAUCUCUUCUAAGCCACGCCUCCACCACCACCACCUCCACUAACAACAACAACAACAACAGUAGUACCCAUGGUCUUGGCUAUAACUCUGAAGGUGACGUGCGUGCUCCCAUCACCCCCCGUAAGCCAGGUCGUUCCUCCAGCAUUAGGGGGGAGGAGGACAGGGAGAAAAGAAGAGCUCCACAGCCUCCUGCCAUUGUACAGCAAGCAGCACAGGAGGCAGCACAGAAGGCCAGCAGCAGACACCAGCACCAGAAGCAGGACAGCAUCAGCAGCACAGGAAGCGGCAGUACACCCCGACCUGUCAGCAAGGGCCCAGCUCCUGCCCGGCCGCCCCCACACACCAACAGUGGCGCUGCAAACACUGAUGCUGCACUGGAGGAUGAUGAUGAUGAUACUGGACCAAGACAACAUUACCACCACCACCACCACCAACAACAACAACAACAAGAACAAGACAAGGAGAACGCAGAGGAGGAGACUGGAGGAGGAGGAGGAGACCAGGAGAUGAGGACCAGGAGGAGGACAAGGAGGACCAACUCAGACCGCCGUACCACACAGGAGGGCGGAGGACGGCUGAGUGGGGGACGGGCGGGACCUCUGGCGCCAAGGUCCCUCCAGGCGCAGUAUGGAGCUGUCAUGUCUGCGAAUAUGGACGCUUUGGCUAAUAUUCUCGACCAGCUCUCGGCAGAAACACACCCACAAGGCUAUGAAGACCUGGCCAGCACGUCAGCCACCUGGGGCGACAUCACCAUCGAUGACCGCAUCCUGGUGGGGGCGGGACAGCGGCUCUUCUAUUCAGGGGCACUGCGGGGCCGAGAUGUGACCCUCAUGUUGACGUCGGAAGCGAAGAUCGAGGCCCAUCACCUUCUGACGCCCCUCCCCCUCGUGGCCUUCAAGGAGGACCACCUGCCUGCGCGUCUUCUCUCCCACCGGACUAUUGUCAGGGGGAAUUUCUCACCUGGCACAGUUUGGGCCCUUCCUCCUAUGAAACUGACGACACUGAGAUCUCGAGUCAAAGAGGAGAUGGGAGAGCCUGGGCCUGGGGAGUGGCUGCAGGACGCGUGCCUCCUCCUGCUGCAGCUGGUGACAGGCCUGAAGCAGCUGCAGGCGAGAGGGGUGGAGGAGACGUCGCUGGAUCUGGCAGUAGUGGCUCAGGAUAGCAGGGACCCUCACCCACGCUUGAUUCUUGUUCCACCACCCCCUGAUGCUUGUGGGGGCGCCAUGUCGUUGUGCCAGUGUGCUGCGGCUGCCACCCUGCUGCUGGUGGGGGCGCAGCAACCCGAGCAGCAGGCCAGGGAGGGCAGCUGUGAGGUGCCACCCUCCACUCCUUCUCACCAUGCCUUUGUGUGUCUCCUGCAGCUACUACACAGGGAGCGCUCUGUCUCUCUCACCCAGGCCAAGAGGGUGCUGGAGGCCAUUCUCUUUGGACCUGAGAGCUUCCUGACGGGGGAGGAAGAGGAUGAGGAUGAAGAGGAGGAGGAGCAGGAUGACGAGCAGGUGGAGGCGACCCUGGAGCGGUGGCUGGAUCUGGAAAGAGCUACAGUACUCCACUCCCUUACCCGUGGCCCCCCACACUCCCCCAUCCUGACCAAGUUCCACCUGCUGUUCCUGGUGAGCACCUCCGCCAGGGUGAUGCGGGAGGCAGUCAGGCUUCUGGCAGCGGCACGACCUCACCCUCCAGAAGUCACGUCUUUUUAAACUAAGAAAAAAGUGGUGUUAUUUAUUGAUUGGUUGUUGUUUUUUUAUUUACUAUUUCUUCUUUUCGUCUGUACCCUUAGGAGAAUCUAGCUUUUUUAUUUAUUAUUAGGUGGAGUGACCUUGAUUCCUGGAAGUCAUGUCUUUUGAACUGAAAGAAAGGUGUCGUUCUCUAAUUGGUUAAUUUUUCUUUAUUUUUUUUCUUUUCUUGUGUACUCUGGAAAAUUUACCUAUUUUGUUAGGCGGCAUGACCUUGACCACUUGAAGUCGCAUCUUUUUGAACCGAAAGAAAACUCACUGUUUAUUUAUUGAUACAUUUUUCCCUCUCCUGUUCAUAGGAAAAGUGACAUUUUAUGAUUUUUUUUUUUUCCACUGUGAUGUUUUUUAGUUUAUUUCCACAAGAAUUGCUCCCAGGAAAGAGGUAUUUUCAGAUACUCCUCACAAAGGUGUCUGUUUCUCAAGUUAUCAAAGAAGCCAAGUUUUUUUUUAGCGGCCCAAAAAGAAGGUGAUGUGUUUUAAGUUGUUCUUCUAAGGUGGUAUUUUUUUUAUUAUAAUUUUUUAAGCAAUCCCAAAAAAAGUGAGUGACCUUUUUUUACGUGUUUGAAAAAAAGGUUCAUUCUUGUUUCUAGCGAGCCCACAGAAGUGCCCGACCUCUUGCUGAAAUCGUCCAGAAGUGAAUGUCUUGCUGCUUAGGGUGACUGCUUUCCCUAAAAACAAUAUCAGCUUCCUUAAGGCACCUCCAAAAAAGUGACCUUAGCCAGGAACCUUAUUUGGACCUUAUUUGAAGCACCGACAGGAAGUGACUUAAGAUGCUGUGUUGAGACCCCAAUAAGUGACCUAAGAUGCUGUGUUGAGACCCCAAUAAGUGACCUAAGAUGCUGUGUUGAGACCCUUAUGUGCCUUAUCUUGCCUGACCUUUACUUAACCUGACCUGACCUGAAGCUGUACCUUGCUCACUCGUCCUCCCCCCUGAAGGCAGCAUCGUCCAGAAUGUUUUAAGGAAUCUGAACACCUCAUUCCAUAUUUUGAGACACUGGAGAUAGAGGGGAAUCGGAACGCCUUAUCUAACGCUGCAGGGAAGGAGGGAAGGGAUCUGAACGCCUUAUUUCUUCUCUCGUGAUGUGGGGAGAGAGAUAGAGAGAGAAUCAAACGCCCCAUCCAUUAUCUAGUGGUGCUGGGAGGGAGAGAAAGGGGAUCUGAACACCCUAUCCUUAUCUAACGCUAACAGGAGGGAAAUGGGAGAAUCUAAACACCAUAUUUCUUCUUUCUUGAUGCUGGGAAGGAGGUAAAGAGCAGCUGCACGCCCAGUUUCCUCUCGUGAUGGUCUGAGGGAUGCAGAGAGAAUCAAACGCUCUAUUCCUUGUCUUGUGAUGCUGGAAGGGGUAGCUGAUCCUAAGUCAAUUCCGAUGUGCUAAUAUUUCACUGGCUAGGACUGUGUGUGUGUGUGUGUGUGUGUGUGUGUGUGUGUGUGUGUCUGUGGAGGUACAGUGUUGUGAAUUGUGAUUAUAGUGCUCAACCACAUUGUAUGAGAGUGUGUGUUUGUGAGUGAAUCAAAAUAUGAUAUUCUCUACCAACAUAAUUUAGAAAUAUUCCGAGAUAUUAUGAAUAAUCAAAAGUAACCAGAGGGAGAGAGGUUGGUGUACGUCAAUUAAGUAACGUAUGCACGACGUCAGGUAAUGAAGUGUCUUGUACAGUAAUUAUUUACAAGCAGGACAAGCUUUAAGUUCUCACAAAUAAAUAUAGAUCAUUGAUAAUUGAUAUUUUGUAUUUUGGAAAACUUAAAAAAAAAAAUAAAAAGAUUAACUUAUUAUUCUGAAUUAGUUUUCGUUCUUUUCGUUAUGUAUAGUUGUGGUUUUUAGACAAUACUUUUUAUAUACAUAUUUUAUUAACUAUUUCUAUUCCUACUGUUUUUAUGUGCCACGUGUGAAUGAAGUUAUAAUUAUUAAUAGUUUUAAUAUGCUGACCAUAUUUAACUUCUUAAUUACCUGUAUAACCUUUCUUAAUUAUUUUCUUUUCUUUGUGGUGUAAUAAACGUUUCUUCUUUUGUAUAUAAUGUAAUUUUUUUGUACAAUUAUCUCAGUUCGCGUGUUUGUACAUAAUUCCUUCAUCAGACUGGUCAAGUGGUCGUUACGAUGGAAUAAAAUGGUGACUGAAA